CGGUAGAACCCUCGAGAGUGGCCGCUGUCAGUGUGCGCCUUAUCAAGCCAGUUGCUACAUUCAACGACUACACCUCCAACUGCUGCUUCCUCUACGACUGACGCCACUUUUACACCUACUUUACAACGUCUACUACGACUGUUGCUACUACUCGUCUAGUGCAACUGCUACUACUAAUAAUAAUACUAAUACUACUACUACGGCUACUACUGCCGCUACGUCUAGUAGUAGCAGUACUGCCGAAGUAGUACUGCUCGACACAAGCAAUAAGGAUAACAACAAGCGCACAGGGGUGGAUGGCAUGAUUACACCACAGUGGAGUACACCUCGAAAGCUAGAUUCUACCGAGAUGCAGCCCGCAAGGGAGACGGUGUUGCUGGCCUUGUUGUUGCAGCAUGUGUCAAUGCUGACCAUCACUAAUAACAAGUACGACCACCUCACCAUUGCCAUCCACAGGAGUGUCCCACAAAAUGUCCGGAUAUUGACCGAAAUACAAGAUCUGAUAACUCAAGGUUCCUGGUCAUUAUUUGUCGCUACACGGAACAGAGCUUACCUUGGAACAGUUACCAUCCUCGUACCUGACACUUGGCAGUACGACCCCUCCUGGACAAUCAACACAACUCAGACAUUUCAAGACGCAGACCUCCGAGUAGACUGGCCGCACCCAGGCCAUGGAAGUGACCCCUAUACCUUUCAGUGGGGCCCGUGUGGACAUUCCGGACAGUACAUCCACUUGACGCCUGGUUUUCUCACUGACCAGAACCAAGACAGAGCGGUCAACUACGGGGAUUUGGGUGCGAUUUUCGUUCACGAGUUCGCUCACCUUCGCUAUGGAGUGUUUGACGAGUAUGGGCUGGGGACGGACACAUUCCCGUUCCUGUACCUGGAGGACGACACACUGGUCCCUACUGGGUGUGCCAGUACGAUCACCCUGGGAACAUACCGCGGGGACUGUACCAUCACCCCACAGACCGGGAUGCCCGGGGGAGACUGCUACCUGGUGCCAGACAGGACCAGGAACACGGCUGGGGCGUCCAUCAUGUUUGAUCCGUCACUACACACGGUGACUACAUUUUGUGAGAGCAAUACCAAUGACCCGGAUUACCUUCACAACGACCUGGCCCCGAACCUGCAUAACAAGAUGUGUGGGGGCAAGGGCACCUGGGAUGUGAUUAUGGAACAUUCCGACUUCGCGGGAGGGGUCAACCCGCCCGUAAACAUGAACGUGGAUCACACGAGACCAGACAUCAGAAUAUUGUACAACGGCCGACAGAGGACACCAUCAGGCGAGGAUAUUUGUGGCAGACCAGUCGUCCUGGUUCUAGAUUUGUCUGGUUCCAUGCUUCAGAAUCAUCGCUACUUCAAACUGUCGCAGACCGCGGACAAGCUGAUCAGAGACAUCCUCCCCACCGGCACCCGUGUCGGGAUCGUCACGUUCUCCACCACUGCCAACACACGCACCAACCUCACCGCGUUGUCCUCUGCAGCAGACAGAAACUCCGUGGCCCUGUCACUACCUCACAAGAUGGAUUAUGGCGGGUUCACUGCGAUCGGGAAGGGCCUGCUGAAAGCUAAACUGAUGUUAGAGACAGCCGGAGAACACGAUGGUCGUAUCGUGCUCAUCACCGAUGGUGAGGAAAAUGAGGAGCCACGCGUUGAUGCAGUGAAAGAUGACAUCGUGCGGUCCGGGCUGAGGAUCCACUCUCUGGCCUACAGUAGGCAGGCCGAGGCCGCCAUCAGGGGGCUGUCCGAGGACACAGGAGGCCACUACGUAUUUUACUCUGAGAGCCCGACGUCGUCCGCCCUUGACAGCGGUAUGGCCGCCUGGUUACACGAUAUAAAUCUCUGUGAUGACAACCUACUGGUCGAGGUGAUGAGAACAAGCAGAGGUCUGACAAAUCGGGGGAUCGAUGGCGACAUUCAGAUCGACUCUACUUUGCGGGAACAUGUCUUCUUUGCUUUUACUCUCCCAAAUCAUGUCCCGGUGUUGGUCAGCCUUCAAGCCCCAGACGGGAGCGUCUACACGUCCGACUCCAAGGAAUUCAAGAUGGAUCCAUCUCUAAACCUCAUACGUUAUCACAUCCAGGAUGCACAGGUCGGCACUUGGAGAUACCGGCUCACGACGAACAGCUCACUGUCAGUUUCGGACUCCGUUGUGAUCACGGUCAAGGGUGAGGCAGCCAACAGCAGCGCCCCCUACGAGGUCAGCACUUGGCUAAAUUCCAUGUCUGUAGGUGUGGGCGAGGAAUGUACGGUGUAUGUCCAUGUCCACAAAGGAUAUGCACCCAUCAUUGACGCCGAUGUUACUGUGACGGUGGAGAGACCAGCACCGGCAUCGUCGGUCACGUUGACACCUCGUGAUGAUGGAGUUUUGCCGGACAAUAUGGCCUACGACGGUGUGUAUUCAACGUUCUUCACACAGUUUGAGGGCAACUCAAGAUACGCCCUGGAUGUGGCUGUCCGAUCUGUGCCAGGGAAGACUCUGUACCACGUCCACACAGUGAUGUAUGGAGCAGCCAGAUCCAGAUUUCAUAACACAACACCCAGUGUCGUCUCGAAACUAGCUGAGAACUUCACCCGUACAGGUUCCCCGGGUGCAAUGGACGUCACUGGUAACAGGAACGGCACUGACAACUACCCCCCGAGUAGAGUGACUGAUUUCAAGGUCAUUGCUGUUGACAGCAAUAAUAGAACUGUGACCUUGACCUGGACGGCCCCUGGAAAUGACCUGAACAACGGAACAGCAACUCGGUAUGAGAUAAGGAUGUCCAACUCAUCUAAAUUCAUCAGAACCUCGUACAAAUCCUGCCCGAAGGUUGAGCCCUGGAUGUUAAUGUCGGGGUCUCUAAGACCCAGUCCUGCGGGAUCAAAGGAGACAAUAGUUGUUCACAUUUCUAAUAACUGGACAACAGUGGUGUUCGCCCUUCAGGCAUCUGAUGGGACCCAUUCAUCGGGGACCUCAAAGAUCGCUGCGGCAUCUUUUAAGCCAGUUGUAUUCUACGGCAAAACGACGACAACUGUAAAACCGACAACUACUACUGUAAAACCGACAACAACUGUAACACCCACGACUACACCAACACCGACAACUACUGUAAAACCAACUACUACUGUAACAUCGACUACACCAACACCGACAACUACAGCAACACCGACGACUACUGUAACAUCGACUACACCAACACCGACAACUACUGUAAAACCGACAACUACUGUAAAACCAACUACUACUGUAAAACCCACGACUACACCAACACCAACAACUACAGCAACACCGACGACUACUGUAAAACUAACUACUACUGUAAAACCCACUACUACACCAACACCGACAACUACUGUAAAACCAACUACUACUGUAACAUCGACUACACCAACACCGACAACUACAGCAACACCUACUUCAAGCCUGAAAUCUAGGUUUGUUGCCAUGGUUUCAACGGCUAGUAUUGUUGGGGUAUUUGUUCUUGUUGCGAUUGGUGUUAGUGUUGGCUUCUGUGGAAACAAACUCUUGAUACGUCGGAAGAUUCGUACGUUGACAGAUCCUUUCGCAGUCAGCAAAUCGGAGAUUUCUACUGUAAACAUACACUUCAGGGCAUGACUUUCGCUGUAUUUAUUUAUAAUCACUGUCAUGAUACCCGUAUGUUGUUCAUGAGAAUGUAUAAAAAGUAGCAUUAAAA